AUGUGUCCCCGUCGCCGAAAGAGACGGGAUUCACCGCCUGCUCCCCCCAAAACCCCCAAGUCCGAGCCCUACGAACGUGCCCUUAUUUCCUUUUCAGACCCAGCAGACUGGUACAACUUCCCUCCCCAGCGCGUCUUUUCUCCUGACUCCCCGAUGGUCGAGACUCGAGGCUCGAGGCCAUCUAUUGAUGGCCAGGAAAACCUGCCAACCUCUUUUGAGGAUCACGAUCACGUCGAUCAAAAGCCUGCUCACCCUCUCGAGGACGACGACCAUGGCGCCGCCUCGCCGGCCAAAAAGCGCCGGAUUGACUCGGGACCAGGCGACCAACUCGCAACCUCGGGACACGAAGUCUUGACUGAUCACCAGGCUGCUGACAACACUUUGGUAAGGAAAUUUGCCACUCCUCUGGGCGACCGAGAUAUUGACUCCCUACAACAGGCCGAAAAUGGACCAGGUCAGCUCGAGGCCUCUCCCGGUGCGACUGCAGAUCAGAUCUCUAGCUCAAACAUCAGUCCCGACGUAGCGACAAUAAUCUCAGAGAUCAUGGAUCAUACCGAGCGCCAGGAAGAAACCGUCGCGCUGGGCCCGCAGGAAAUUCCCUCUUCGGGCGACUUCCCUGGCGCCCGCGGAUAUGCCUUUCUCAAGGCCAACUCACAUCUGAAGAUCCAAAGUCUCCCUAUUCUGGACAACCUGUCUACUCAAAUCCUCUCCUUCCUCGCUAAAAACACUUACCAAGACCUCGCCGCGAUGGUGUCCGAACCGGAUUCCGAAAAUGGCCAAGCCUAUGCGACCAUGCGCUCGUUAUUCGACCACACCAAGCGUGUGUACACCGUCCGACACUCCUUUCUUCUGCCCUCGGAUAUCGAGAUCACAGAUCCCUCUCAAGUAGAUAUCAUCCGGAAGGCCAACAUGGCCUCGUUUGUGUCGAGCAUCUUCGGAUCUCAAGAGGUUGGCUUCCAUGAGCUGAAUGAGCAUUUCCUGGACGUCUUUGUGCCCGAGGGCGGUCGCCUGCUGAAGGUUCAGGGCGCUCUGUAUCUCGAACUCAAGACGCAGACUUUCAUCUCGGCCAUGAACACCAAGGAUCGCACCAGAACGGAGCUGCUGUACCAACUUUUCCCAGAUGAUAUGGAUCAGCGAUUGCUGGCGAGACGUCCGGGUACACGGCAGUUGGCUCCCAGCGAAGUUGACUUUGUCAACCGCGCAACUUCCCGCCGCGACAUUCUUCUCAGCGAUGUCAAUAACGAGGAAGCUUUGAGAGCGUUGCCGGACAAAUACCACUGGGAGGAUUUCCUUCGCGAUCUUAGUUCAUACAUUGCGAAGAACUUCGAUGCCAUCAAUACCCAACAGGGAAAGAAAGUCGUGAAAGGUCGCCAGCCCUCGAGCUCCAAUGGUGAUGCACAAGAGUCCCCAACCUACCAGGGCCAGUUCUCGGCCAAUCAGCAAGUGGAGGUCCCCGUGGAUAAAAACAUGCACAGUGACCUCGUCGCCCGCGCUGCUCGCGCAGCCCAGAUUGCUCUGCAGGGCCAUCGGCUUCAGCGCUCUCAGCAGCAACAGCAGCAGCAGACACAGCCCCAGGCCAGUCAGACGUCGACCCAAACCCAACCCCAGCAGACAUCACAGCCUCCCAGCCAGCACGAGAGCCCGUACCUCCAAGGCUAUACCGCUGCCCAGCAACCAUCACCCGCUUCACAACACUUCCAGCACAGCCCUACGCCGCCGGGUGGAUAUCAGCAGCAACAGCCGUCGCACCAACUGACCUUCCAGCAGAGUCCGUUGCAGGCGAAUUUUCAACAGUACCAGCCCAAUGCUGCGACGGCCAUGCAGGCACGACAGAACGGCAUGUCAAACCAUGGAUACAUGCCAGGCAUCCCUCACUACACUCAGUCACAGCCUACUCAGGUUCUCUACGAGCGUGCUCGCAUGGCCGCGUCUGCCAAGUCGUCUCCGGCUAGUCGGCGGACCGGCCUGCCCAGCCAACGCCGCCCUUGGACCAUGCAUGAGGAGAACGCGCUGAUGGCUGGACUGGACCGGGUGAAAGGACCUCACUGGAGUCAGAUUCUGGCGAUGUUUGGUCCUGGCGGAACUAUCAGCGAGGCCCUGAAGGAUCGCAACCAGGUGCAACUCAAGGACAAAGCACGCAACCUCAAGCUGUUUUUCCUCAAGAGCGGAAUCGAGGUGCCGUACUACCUGAAAUUUGUCACGGGUGAACUCAAGACUCGCGCGCCUCUUCAGGCCGCCAAGCGGGAGGCCCGGGAGCGACAGAAGAAGCAAGGUGAAGAAGACAAGGCCCACGUGGAGGGCAUCAAGGGCAUGAUGGCGCUGGCUGGCGCGCACUCCUCGCAGUCCGGACAUGAGAUGUCGGCAUCGCCUAGCCUGCCGCCCGACACGGGCAGCCAAGGUGUGUUUGAUCAAACGGCGGAACAGAACCUGAUGCAGACGCUCAGCCAGGAAGUGCACGGCAGUCAGUAUGCGCCAUCACAGUCGGACCACCUGGACCCCAGUCUGCAGAUGGGCCAGUAG